AUGGCCAAUACCAACCUCCUCAGUCGCAUUAACAACAGUUUACCAGAUGGUUGGGAGGCAAAGCUGACAGUCGACCAUGGCAGAAUCUACUACAUAGACCAUGGUAACCAGGUGUCAUCAUGGGUCCCGCCUCCCGACAACUGGGAUCCUGGAGCUCUGGGACUUCCUUAUGGCUGGGAAUGUGCUAUGGACAAAAACGACAAGCCAUACUACAUAAACCAUGUAGACAAGUACACGACCAGAGAUGACCCUAGAGAUGACCCUGACUAUGUGGAACCUCCCAAACCCCGUGAUAUUGAACUCUCCAGAGACACAUCGAAAGGAUUUGGCUUUGUGGCAGGAAGCGAAAAACCUGUUGUCGUGCGCUUUGUGACAGAAGGUGGCCCCAGUGUGGACAAAUUGUUACCUGGCGACCAGAUCAUCAAAAUUAAUGGUGAAGAUGUGAAGAAAGCACCGCGACAAUAUGUCAUUGAUCUGGUCAGGUCUUGUCGGGAAACCAUGACGUUGACAGUGUGUCAGCCCUAUUCAGACAAUUCUACAAGGAAGUCUGCUCUCCUCACAGCAGCAAAGAAGGCCAAGCUAAAAAACAACCCUUCUCGUGUCAGAUUUGCGGAAUCUGUCACCGUUACCAUGGUGAAUGGGAUGCACAGUCCAUCACCUGAUGAAAGUUAUGUGCCUUUCAUGCCAAAUGUACUGAAAGUGUUCUUGGAGAAUGGUCAGACCAAGUCAUUCAAGUAUGACAACAAGACAACUGUCAAGGAUGUCGCCAAUUCACUGCAAGAAAAGCUUGGUAUCAAGAGUGUCAAAUAUUUCAACUUGGUUCUGCAGAACAUGAAAAGUCACAUACCCGGCAGACUCACAAUAUUACAAGACCACGAGACUCUAGCUGAGAUUGCUGCCAGACCAGGGGCCCGUCACUUCCGUUGUCUGUUUCGUGUGAUGUUUGUUCCCCGUGAUGCCUUCGACCUUCUAAAUGAGGAGCCAAUGGCAUUUGAGUACUUUUACAUGCAGUGCUGUAAUGAUGUAGUACAGGAAAAGUUUCCAGAACUAAAGGGAGAGACGGUGCUUAAACUUUCUGCGCUCCAGAUACAACAACAUGCUAUGCACAACAAUACAACUGGCAAAAUAAACAUCAAAGCAAUCGAGAAGGAAUGUGGACUUGAGAAGUUUGUACCUGCCACACAGAUAGAGAGUAUGAAGGGUAAAGAUCUUCGUAAACUUCUUAGUCAGCAACUCAAAAUUAACCAGAACCUGACACCACCAGGCCAGAAACAGCUGUCAGCCCUUCAGGCAAAGCUCCACUAUGUAAAGAUUGUCAGUGAAUUGAAAACGUUUGGUAGCCGUGUUUUCAUGGUAACUCUGCUGGAUCAGAAAAUGGAGGCAAUGGUGCUAGUUGGACCCAAGGCCGGAAUCAGUCUAAUCACUAAUAUCAAACAUUACACACUAUCCAUGUUGGCUGACUUCAAUAUGAUAGAGAAGAUCAAAGUCUCCAAGGAGAAAGACAAUAACAUGCAGAGAGUAGAAGUCACAGUCAAGGGCAAAGAGGCUGGGAUGCUAAACCUUGGUCUACUUAAGGAUGAUGUACAGAACUUUGUUGGGAUCGUAGAAGGAUACUAUCGUAUCUUUGUGGACACAGAUGCCUGCCUGGUGGAGAAACCUGCGAGCAAACAGACAGGCGACCCAGAUGUGCCCCCAUACACCAGUAAACACAAAGUGAUGACCACUCCCUGGAGCUAUCCCGAAGACAUUGUGUCACAGACUCUGACAGACCAAAUCACAGAGAAUGAACGCCUCAUUGACCUCUGUCAGGGACCACCAGCUUACGAAGAUGAUGUAGAGUACAUCAAUCGCAUCAAAAUUGAUCUUGGCAUUAAGGUAGACUCCACUGAAAAAGGCACUGAGGUAAAUGAGGAUGAUGCUGUGAUAUCCCUUGUGGAAGAGCCAGGAACUGACUUGGUGGAUGGAACAGAAUCCACAAUCAACAAGAGUGUAAUCAUAAUUGGCAAGAUGUCUGAAAACAAUAACAAGGCUCUCCGUCGACAGGGGGCUCAGGAAGGUGGAGACAUCCCGAAUGCCAAGAAACAAAAAACCUCUAUUCCUGAGAUAGGACAGAAUGGACAUUUGUUUAUAAAUGGUGAUAUUUAUGAUGAAAUCCAUGACAAAAAAACUGUUGUCAAUGGUGAUGAGCUCUCUGACACGGACAGUGGGGUAGAGUCAGAGCGGAAAAUAGCCUUGGAGGACCCUGUAUCUCCUGAGUCUGGGCUCUUAGGAGGACAGGGUGACCAAGGUGGUAGUGACACUGAUAGCUGGGGCACACCUGUAAAUAGCCCUACCAAAGGUAGAACACAGCCACAAUCACUCCCUAUAUUUAAUGGGGAGAGUUUUGGUCUGCAUAGUCCCGAUGUUUUGCCACGGUCCGAGUCCGACUUCCAGGCCAUUGCCUCCAGCUUUGGAUUACUUAGUCCUGAUAAGAUUCCUCCUGGAAUUGAAGAAGGAAUUCUUGAUCCUCGCAUGUUUUCUCAGCGCCAGCUUUACAUUGAUCCAGAUAUUAUUGAUCUCACAUUAUUACCUCCCCUAGAGGACCAAAAUGUUGGAAACACAGUCAGCCAUUAUGGCACAUGGAGCCCGGAGAUGUUACAAAGCCACCUUCACAGUAUGGGUCAAGGUGAAGGUCACCCACCUCCUUUAGCGAGGUCAGCCAGUGUGGGAGAUACCCCAGAUUUCUUUGAUGAUGACAUUGAUUCUUUGAUCGCUAAUUUAACAGUGCCACCUCCUCCCUCUUCUGCUGGGGAACGAAAGUGUACACAACAGGAGGAGGUGGGCGAAGUUGAUACCAACAUACCUAUAGAUGAGAGUUUUGCUGACCUUGUCAUCCCCCCACCCCCUGGGGAGUCAUCCACAGCCCUUCAACAGAUUGCAAUAGUUCCCCCCAUUGAGGGUCAAACAGAGGCAGAUAUAAAGAUAAGGAAAAGGAAUCAUAGACGUUCUAGUUCCUUAGAUACAUUUUUCAUAAAGUUUCCGACGGAGGAAGGAGGUACAGAAUCUUCCACUGACCCACCUGAGGACAUACCUCCAGAAUUGCCCACUUCAUCUCCUCCAAAACUGUCCCCUUCCAGAAAUCCUGCAAGUGAGGUGGUCUUACCUAGUGGGGGAGGCCCUGCCCUGAAGGACUUUGAAUCACCUGCAUCAGUGUCACAAAGAUUAAACACAUUAUUGCAGUCUAUGCCUAUCCCAGGCGAAGGUUCCCAAAGGUUCAGUAGAAACACACGACGUACAUCGUCGCUCAAAAUGUCACGAAGUGCAUCUGUUGACACUGCCAGUAUUGUUCAGGAUGCAAUUGAUUCUGUAAAUGCAGUUGCUGUCAAGUUCAGGAGAAGUAAUUCUUUUCAAACAAGACACAAGAGACGAGAUAUUGAUAUUCAAGGAAGAUCACCCUCUAGUCACAACAUUGGAGCAGGAGUUAGCUCCCCUGGCACAUCACACGAUAAAAACUUGCGGCGUGUACAGAGGACUCACUCAUUUGAUGUGAAAGCUAACAAGGAGAAUCAUGACAAUGUGUGGUCAGAUAGUUCAGGAAGUGACACCAGCGACACUCUGGCUUCUCUCAAGGCCACCCUAAAGUCCUAUAGGGACUUCCUUCUCAGCAAGUCGAAAGACUCCUCCCGAACAAAAGACUCAAGACGAUCUAGUAUCUCCAGUGAUGAGGGAAGUGAAAAAAGUGGCAGUUCCUUACACAGGUCCAACUCCUUCACCAUGGGUUGGUUAAAGCGCAGGUCCUCCUUAUCUGGGUCUGAUGAUAAAGGUCGUAGGUCAGGUAGUGACCUGGCCUUGAACAAAGAUCAACCUAUGAGAAAGAAAGAAGGAGGUGAAGGAAGUGACAAAAAGACACCAGUUUUAAUGAACCAGUUAGCUGUAACAAGAUCCAAGUUAAAAAGUCACUCAGCUUUUUCAGUACAGAAGGGCAGUAAGAAGAUGGGACCAAUGAAAGCUCUUCUUACAGCAUCAGAUGGACAGAUCUCGAGCAGUGACGAGCGCCGACCAUUGGAGCCCCUCCGCCUGUCAGUGUACAAUAAAUCGGAGCCAGUGGAGAUCACUACCAAAGACGAUUUAUCUCUGUCUGUGACUGAGCCCUCACAGGCCAAGAAGGACCUAAAAGUGAGUCCAUUUGGGACAGUUGGCAGCAUGUGGCGUCCAAUGUCUAUGUCGCGAAGUAGUUCGUCUUCAGACGAGCCAGAGACUCAUACCUAUAACAACUUUGAUCUUCUCAGAGACUUGUCCAAUGGGAAGGCUGCGGUCAAGGGGCGUACUUCAACCAAAGUAAAGCAAGCCCCAGUCCCAACCCCUGUACGACCCCCACGUAAAUCUAAUUCCUCCCCCUCCAUGUCAUCAUCUGUUUCAUCGUCAUUGUCCUCGUCCCCGUCAUCCUCUUUAAAUGGGGAUGUGAAAGACUCCUUAUCAGAGGAAUGUUUUGCAUUGUUACGUGAGAAUGUCAGUGAGAAUCAUUCAGACAGUGUCAAAAAUAUUCUGAAAAGGACGUACAGUGUAGACAGUUUCACAUGUGCCAAUGAGGAUUCAGACAAACUCUUAUCAGAACUGAAACAGACAAUGGAGACAUUGAAAGAGUCCCGUAUUGACCGGCAGCCAAUACAGUUUGGGAUGUGCAAGGAGGAACUGAUCAGUCAAGUUAAAUUAUUUGUGACAGAUGCCAAGCUUUUGGUCAGUAAUGCAACUCAAACACGGGAUAAAAUGGCCAAAAAUCUGGACAAAAGUAUGCACACACUUGCUAAAGUGUUUCUUCACUGCCAGGCGACUAUGCUGAUGAUGGACGCAGUACAUCAGGCUCAACACCUUGGCUUUGAGAUCAUCAAGGUUACUAACGCCUACAAGAGCACUGUUAACGCAGCCCAUGCAGCUGUAGGGAAACCCCUUGGUGACCCUCACAUGCGAUAUCUCAUGCGCCAGGCAACCAACCUAGCAACCUUACUUAGCAACCUGUUGAAGACAUUGAAAUCAUUAGAACAAAAGUGAUGCAUAACUUUAUAAAGUCACAGGAAACCUGAUGCAUAAUCUACGGGGUAGAAUUUGGUUAUU